UCCACAUCUGAAGCAACACUACUGUCACCAAGGCAACAUAGAUUUGAAUGUAAUCCCAUGUCUACUGGGGUGAUCUUAUUGGCUGAUAUUUUACCUGGGCUUAUAGUCAAGGCAACAGCUCCAUUCUUCCAGCAUAGGAUUGCGUAUAGUAUCCGUAUUGCUGUCUGUAUUUUGUUUAGUACUGCAAGUUUACUCAUAGUUGGUCUAACCAAACCUGUCUGGAUUAAUCUUAUAGGUGUUGCCUGUGCAAGUAUUGGUUCAGGAUUUGGUGAGGUCACAUUUCUAAGUCUGACAGCAUUAUAUGAUAAGAAUGUUGUUUCUACAUUUUCGUCAGGCACAGGAGGUGCUGGAAUAUUUGGUGCUUUAUCCUACGCUGGUUUAACAGAAAUUGGCAUUACACCAAAACACACUGUUUUAAUAAUGUUAAUUGUACCUGUUAUUCAAACAAUUAGUUAUUGGGGUUUACUGACAAGACAUCCAAGUAAUGUUAGGUCUGCCAAUCAGGAAGAUGUCCAACCUUUAAUGGAAGGGACGAUAACACCUACAUUUACAUUCACAGAAAAAAUGAAAGUUGUCAAG